CAUUUAAUGAAUGUAACACACAACAUCCCGCUGUUUCCAUAGCAGUGACAGUGUUCCAUGUCAGGCAGGGCGAGGUCACAGCCAGCACACUCUCACACAUGCAGUCAUUCAGCGCGUCGCUCACCUGAACUCAUCGAUGUUCAUUUUAACGUUAUCUCCGGACAGCACGAGCACAAUGAGCCGGUUUAACUGCACCGUCCCCGUGGACGAAUACCUCGCGGACAGUAACGUGUUGUUUUACCUGAGUGACGCAGUGACCCAGCUGCUGGAGCAUAAGGAGGAAUACACCCAGUUCGGGGUGAUCCGCUACUUUGCUGAAUAUUUCAGCAGUGUAAAGAACAGUAACCACAUUCUCUUCAGAGAGUAUAACUACAUCAGAGCCACUCCUCAUAACAGAGCCUCCUUCAUCAGAGUUUUCUGGAGAUGCUACAGACAGAUUGGCAAGAGUGGAGAGGAGGGAUCCCUCUGGACGGACAGACGUGCAAUAGAUGUCAUGUACUUACUGUCCAUGCUGGAGUACAGGUCUCUGCUGCAGUUACUGUGUCCAGACUUCCCAGCAGAGAUGGUGCAGAGUGCAGCCAGGAUUGUUCUGAUGGACGAUGCUAUAGACUGUCUGAUGUCUUUCUCUGAUUUCCUGUACGCCUUCCAGCUGCAGUUCUACUACCAAGAGUUCCUGGACAGCGUACUGAUGAUCUACCAGGAUCUGUUAUCAGGGAAGAGUCCUAACACCGUCAUCGUCCCCACAUCCACCUCCAUCGAGCAGCUGCCCUCUGUGGCUGCAGAGGACAUUGACAGGGAGGAGCAGCAGCAGGACGGGGUGGAGCCGUCCACUCUUGCUCAGUGUAUAGACGCCCUGUGUGACAGGUUUAAACGCAGUCAUCCUCCCAGGUCCUGUAUGAGGGAAGCACUGGAACAGACUGACAAAGUGUCUUACUACAGCUUCUUAAUGAGCCUGGCUAAACAUGAGGCCAUCAACCAAACUGUUGGAGUGCUCCCCAGCAAGGCAGAGCUGCUCAUUGACCCAGAGAUGGACCAGGAACUGGACAAACUAAUCGCUCAGAUCUCAGUGAGCCCUGGCAGCAACAGCAGUGGCAGUGCUGUGGGGGGACUGAAGGAAGUGCAGAGGAAGGCCUCCCCCAGGAGGAACAUCCACCACAGGAGGAAGAUGGAGGUGGAAAGCGAUGGCUCGACGGAAGAGACCGACUCCUCUGAAAACUGACCUCUAACCAUCUACCACUCAUCAAGUCCAGAACACACUGUGGCUGUUUUGUACAUAUGAAAACUUCUAGUAGUGGAGAUGUGCACAUCAGUGAUCACCCCACCCCGAGACAGAGUACACCAUCUUCUUUUUCUCCAGCAUUGGCGCCCAGAAAAGCAAUGAGGGACUGACUGAAAUGAUAAUCAGAACACCUAUGAAUGGAGAACAGCACUCAGAAUCACUAUUGUUCCUUCUAUGCUGUCUGGUCUUGAUAAAGUCCCACAGCAUGCCACUGCUCUGCGGCUGCUGUAUGUUUGUAUUUGGUGUUGCUCUUAACAGGUCGGCCACAACACUGGACAGUAAAAGUAUUCUAAUAAGUCCAUCUAAGUUCUAAUAAGUUCCUCCUUCUGCUUGUUCAUGACCUGCACAGUGAACAGCUCAAGCAUGAACUGUAUUCACUGCACUCAUUUAUUUAUUACAUUUUUAUUGAUGAAAAAAAUGACAUUAAGCUUAAUAUGUGAAUGUGAUGUUACAUGUAUGAAGAUCCUUGCUCACACUGUGAAUAAUAAAGAUGUAACUAUAUAUAAAGAUGUAACUGUGAUGCUUUAUUUGGAUGAUUUCUGUUGGUGACUGCUGACUGACAUCGGACGCAGUGAGAUGCUUUAGAGAUGUUAAAUUGGCUCGUCAAGAGACUCAGUAUAUACAAAGUCUGGGGGACACGAGGAGAUGAGUAAAAAAAUACAGUCAAGAAUCAUGUAUGAAAAUAUGGUUACUAAAAUGAAAAGAUGAUGAUUUGGAAAUGUGACAAGGAUGAGGAUCUCUUUUCCAUGAUCUUAGAUCACAAAAACCCAACAGGUGUGCAGAGCCAGAAUGCAUGGAAAUAGUCUGUUACAGGUAUUAUUGUCCAUAGGAUACCAUUGACCUUGUAUUGAAUUUUUUAGAGUUGAUUUGUGAUGUGGAGGUUGAAAUGAACAUAAUUUUAGUAAGAAGUGAAUUUGUGUAAGUUAUGGUUUUCACCUUUAUGGUCUCUAUGGUAUGUACUAGUAGUAUUUGCUUUUCAUGAGGCAGUUAGAGUUGCAUCUGUUCAAUGUCAAGACAGACAGAAUUGGGAUUAUCAAGUGUUGGAUAUAUUGAUAUUGAUGCUGGUGGGAUGAAUAGAAAAUAUGGCCAAUUAAACAGAGUGGCAAUUUAUUUGAUCUAUCCAUUUUUAUGCUAUAUAGUAAUGAGAAAAAAAUAAUUUAAAUACUGUAUAUCAUGGACAUGGAAGUGUUUGAUGACUGAGUUGUGUGUUACAUCUCCAACCUGCCAGAGGGAUUUGUAGAUAUAACGAGAUGUCAUCAGCGUAUAGACUGAUUUUCAUGAUCAUGCCUGAA